GUCAUCUAUUUGGAAGAGGCAUUCUCCGUGAAAGCAACCGAAGAUCGGAAAGAUUAAUACUCUCAUCUGCAGUUUCCAGGUACAUGAAAGUCGAACUGAGGAACCUUGACUGACCAGUAGAGUAAAGAUGGUGCUCCUCACAACUCUUUGCCUGAUCUCUAUUCUCCAGUUGCUCACAGCUUUGGUUUCUUGUGACCAUAUCAAUUUCUACAAUGUCCGGCCCCCUGUGGAUGCAACUCCAUUCCCAAAGAGCUUCAAAUGUUUCACCUGUGAGCAGGCCUCUGACAACUACAACUGUAAUCGCUGGGCCGAGGACAAGUGGUGUCCACAAAACACACAGUACUGUAUGACAGUUCACCACUUCAGCCAUCACGGGAAGACCAAGUUUGUGACUAAGAGGUGUGCAGCGCGGGAGGAGUGUCACAUGUCAGGGUGCCGCCACCACAGAGACACGGGCCACACGGAGUGUAUUUCCUGUUGUGAGGGGAUGGUCUGUAACGUGGAGGUCCCCACCAACCGCACAAAUGCCGUGUUCGCCAUGCGGCAGCAGGUGCCCAACUCUGCCGUGUCCGGCCACAGAGAGGCCUGGUCGACCCUGCUCUUUAUCGCCCCCGUCCUGAUCAGAGUCCUUCCACUGUGACACCAGCACACACACACACACACCAGAAGUAACCCUCAGCCACAGAGAGGGCGGUUCCACCCAUAGAUGUGUAGGUGUCAGUAGACCAGGUCUCUGGUCAGCAGGACUGGCCAUCCCGGUCGACUCGGGUCGGUCCAUCAGGAUGGUGGACGUCCUGGUUUGUCACAGGGCUGCAUCCACAAGCCUGAGAGACUGAAUGACGUGCACACAUUUGUUCCCUUGAGCAUGAACACCUCCAAUCACAGGAGAUUGUGUAUGCUGGUCUGAGAAGGAGCGAAUGGACUCUUGUGACCAACAACUAAGGAUUGAACCUCUGGACUUGCAUGAGAUGAGCUCCUUGUGUUGCACUAGUGGUAUGAAAGGACCAAUCAGCUGGCUGCAUGGGCAGUGUAAUCCCGAAAAGGAACCUCUAAGGUGCUGACUCUACUCAGACUUUAUGACUGGAUGCUCUUAUGUUGGGAAUAUGUGAAGUUGUCGACUUUGAAUCUAGGAACAUUCAGCCUGAGCAGUAUGAGGGGACAACAUUUCUUAGCAACUGAUGAACUUUGAAGAUAGCCUCUGACCACGGCACUAUUGUGUUAUUCCUGAGGAACAACUCAAGCACUACUAAGAGUGUUAUGGACAUUACACUAGAGUGUAUUGGAGACAGCUGCAAGGUCAUCUGCUUAUAUCUUAGGCAGUUUGGCAUGUCAUUUCUUUUGCAAUCAGUAAUGUAGACCUUUUAAAAAUGCAAUUAUUGAUAUCAAGAUGGCCUUUCACUAUAAUCAAAUUAAAAGGCUGAUAUCAAAUCUGAAGGACACACAGAGUGGGUAUUCUUGUCAUAUCAGCAUGUAAUUCAAGAACAAUGUAUGGACCUGUGACAUUUCCACUGUACUCCUUUUGAUGACUUCCACGUUUUUAAAAGGCAUUACAAACAGGAAGUUACGACGAUUUCACACUUUAGCAUCAGUCUGGUGAAAUAAGGCCAAAGUAAUAGGUCUCCUUGUGUAAGUGCCAUCAUACGAAUCAUGUGAUGAAAAAAAUAUGACAUAAUAAAACCUUUCA